GCUCUUCUCAUUUCCGUCCCAUCCCAGUUCCCCCAUAAUCCAAUCACAUCAACUAAAAACUGAUGAAAUCACUCUUCUCCAAUUUGUCUCUCCCUACGCCACCACAGCCACAAUCUCCGUUGAAAGCAUAGCCACAACAAGCUCUGAACCCAGCUUUGAACCGAAAAUCAUCAUGUCAUUGAUCAAAUUAUCAUCGUUUGACUUCAUCGCCGAAAACAUAUCAGAUAUUACAAUUGCCGACCCAAAUCGUUGAUUUUCACACCUAAGAUAUAAAAUUACAUUGAAUUAACAAAAAAGCAAAUAUGCCACCAAAACCCACUAACUGGCGCAUGUAUGGCAAGAUGGCUGUUGCCGGCUUAACAUGCUGUGUCGGCGGUCCAGCUCUGAUCUACUACAUUUCCCCAACCGAAGAAGAACUCUUCCUGAAAUAUAAUCCAGAGUUACAAAAGCGCAGUUUGGAGAAUCGAGUAGGGAAACAAGAGGAUUUCGAUAACUUUGUGGCAAGAUUGAAGGAGUACAGUAAGAGUGAUAGACCGAUCUGGGUCGAGGCCGAAGAAGCCGCACGCAAAAAGCGUAGUGGGAAGAUAGAAGAACAAGCCAAAUUAAUGCAAGAGAUGCAACAGAGGAAAGAAGAAAUUAAAAAGAGUGGAACAAAUUUGAUGCCUGGUGGAAGUCUUUAAUUACAAUCAAAAUGGAAAAGGAAUGAAACUUGUACAAUUAUGGAUGGCGUUUGGUUAAAUUAUUAUCUUUGAUGAUGAAAAUCCAAGGUUGGCGCACAAUGGAAGGAAUGAAAAUCUCAAUGGGUGAGUUUUGGAAGCUGUAUAGCUGAUAUGUUAUGUAUGGUAUGGUAUGAUAUGGUAUUGAAAUCUCAGUAUCAGAAAAGAUUAAGAAACUCUUUAUGUGCUUCAUUUCCCUCAUUGCUACCGAUAGAUUUUCAUAUUGAACAUCACACAGCUCGAUUUCCUUCUCUCGUCUGAGAAUAAUUAGUAGAACCUUUCCAUUUCCCAUAUUACUCUCUCUCCUACGCAAAGUCAAAAUUCGAUACACUCUCAUAGAUAUCACACAUGAUAUUGUCAAACAACCCCCCCACGCUCUCAUCUCAUCACUCGAAUCUAUUGAGAUAAACAUACAUCAUACUGCUAACAUAUCUCUAACAGACGUAGAAGCCAAGGAUAAAUAUUCAUAUCGAUAAUAAUCCACCCAUUAACUCA